AAGUAGUAGUCUGUAAACUGGAAGUUUUGUUUCCGACAGUGCUCAGACAGAUUUCCACAUUUCAUUUUGAGGACACAAGAAAAAACCCCAAACCAUGUUUGGUGAAUAUUCCUAAUAAUUUUGUAGAGGAAAUUUGCUAUUGGUUAAUCAGGAAGUAAUGCACCUCAACCUCUAAUUGUGUGUUCCUUUUAUUCUCCACCUUCAAAAGAGGUAAUUAGAGGACUCAGGAAAAGGAUAGAAAUCUUAGUGUCAUAAAACAGUCUUUUUACCAUGACAUGGUGAUUGGGCACAACAUUUAGAACAAUAUAUCUUACAACUGAGAGCUAAAUUUCAGCUUUGUAAAAAACAUUAAGUAGCAACUAAGUGAAAUGUUUCAAACGUAGUAUCAAGUAUUUAAUUUCUAAACAUUGACAGACAGCAGUCUUCCAGUGUCAACCGAUACCAUGGAUGUGGAUGCUCUACAGAAGCUUAUUCAUUUGCUCCAGGCCACAGAUGAUCCAUUAAUUCAAGAGCAAGCUUUAAUCACUCUCAGCAACAGUGCUGCCUUCUCUGUAAAUCAAGAUAUAAUCCGAAAUUUGGAUGGUCUUUCUGUUAUUGGACGGAUGCUCUCCAACUGCGUUCCCAAAGUUAAAGAAAAAGCACUAAAUGCACUUAAUAAUUUGAGCAUGAAUAUUAAAAAUCAGGAAGAGAUUCAGGUAUUUAUUACACAAGUUUGUAGGACUGUUGAGUCAGCUCCCCUGAACUCUGAUGUGCAGCUGGCUGGACUCAGGCUGUUGACAAAUAUGUCUGUUACCAGUGACUACCACCAAAAGAUGAUAAACUCAAUUCCAUGCUUUCUUCAUUUGCUUUCAGAAGGAACUGAAAGGACACAGAUUCAAGUUUUGAAAGUACUUGUGAACUUAUCUGCAAACCCAGCCAUGACAAUACAUCUUCUCAGAGCUCAAGUGCCAUCAAUGGUGUUACUUUUUGACAGCUGUGUGAACAGAGAUAUUCUGGUUCGAGCCCUGGCAUUUGCAGCAAACUUGAAAAAGAACAUGAAUGAUGAAGAAGGCACCAUGAUUGAGGAAUACAAUGAAGACUCAGUUUUCUUCACACUCUACAGGGACUCUGCCCCAUUCGCUCAGAGACUGGCUUCCUUGCUGCAUCAUCCUGACACAGAAGUGAAAGAACAAGUUGUGAGAAUAUUAACACAAUAGUGUUGUUUUCUGAAAACAGACUGACCUGAUGAAAAUUAUCUAAUCUUGGCAAUGCUAUGCUAAAAAAGUCUGCAACAAGUAAACAAUACAACAAUGAUGGAGGAAAAAAAAAGCCCUAAAUACUGUCAUUUUAAUAGGCACAAAUUAUUUACUACAAAAGAGAAUGCCAUGUAUUUAAUACAGAGAGCAUAACAGAUAUUUUUUACAAACAAGAGAAAAGCAAUAGUUUAAUUAUUACUGAUAAACCACUGCACAGUUGCUACAUUUGUGCAAUGGGGGCAAACAGUUAAAACAUUAAAACAUUUCUAUGUAAAAUGAACAUUUUAAAUGGAUGAGUGAAGUGAAUGAAAAUAUCCUUUGCAAUGUCAAAGACCUUUUUUUACUUUUAAGUAUUUACAGCUGUUGAAUAAAUACCUCAUUAGAAUUGUGCAUUAAAGAUUCAGCAAUCUGAGAUUAGGCAUUUAUAUUUUAUUAGUCUACCUAUGAAAAUGGUACAUCUGAAUCUUACAAAAUAAUAUCAAAUAAAAACAAUACCAGACUAUCA